AUGGCUGAUCCUCAGUACCAUCGCCACGACAUGGGGCUGAGGUCUUCGGGCCUUGUUCAUCUCAAGUUCACCGUCCUUUGGCUGAUCCUCCCCGAGGUACGUGGCUACGGCUUCGCAAAUUGGCGUAGGCAAAGCCCAUUGUGUCACCUUGAUCCGCUACGGUACUGACAAUAUCGUGUCGCAGGUCAUCUUCUUCACUUUGGUCGCGACCAUGGUCACCAUCAUUUCGCAGAGGGUCGUCCCCUUGCAGAUUGCCACGACACUCACCACCGUUCGUGCAGCCUGACUCGUCUCGCUCGUCCUGAGCGGUCCUUCCUCUGAAAGGAGCUGGAGGUAGCAUUCUCGUUUUCUGACGUAUGCAUUUGCUGUUAUUCUUUUCGCUUUCGAUGUGCAGGUGUUUGGUAGCGUGCUGGGCUUUCUCAUCUCUUUCCGCACAUCCUCGGCAUAUUCGUGCUACCAGGAAGGUCGUCGGUACUGGUCGUCCAUCAUCUUCGCGUCGCGAUGCUUCGCACGCACCGCAUGGAUCCACGUCCCCGACACCAUCGACCCGGGAUCGAGCCCGGCUAGCGAAGACGACCGGCGAAGGGCUCUGAUCGAAAAGACGUCGGCGAUCAGGCUGGUCGGAGGGUUUUGCAUCGCGCUGAAGCAUUACUGCCGUGGCGAGGCGAGCGUCUACUAUGAAGAUCUCUACUCCUAUGUCUGCUAUCUUCCAAAGUGUGAGUACCGCUCUCAUCAAGAACGUGACCUUCUUUUAGCCUAAUCACUUCAGCGAAAAUAAAUUCAGAUCGGCUACCCGCAUCCACCUUCAUCCCUCGACCCGACCUUGACGUGGAGCACAACUUUGAGCCCCUCACGCGCGAGACGUCCGGCGCGAGUUCGACGGUGCUCCCCUUCACCGCCACCGGAAGCGCGCGCACGACCUCAGCCUCUAUUCUCUUGCACUGCGAACCUUCGGAACAUAGUAAAUCAGCGACUACGGUCAAUCUCCGUGCACACGGUCAACACCAGCACGAGCAACGUCGACUUAUCAGCCCUCAGGCACUACUACCGCCGCGCAACCCUCCUCCGAUCGCCUGGGACGAGUACAUCCCCUUCUAUGCGUUGUUUUGUGACCUGUUUGGUCUACUCAGACGAGGCCAACGGAAAUUGCGACAUCGCGUCAAGAGGCAAAAGCAAACCCGCAAGCGAAGGCCCUUGCAAAACGACAAGGACGGAGACAAUGUUCCCCUCGAGAUCACGCUGUUCCUCUCCGGUUGGGUCGCGGCUUUACAGAGGCGCAAAUCGAUCGACGUGCCAACCGCCAAUGCGCUCUUUGCAGCUCUGCAAGGUUUGACCGACUCGCUCACUGGCCUUGAAAGGGUGCUGCUCUCGCCUAUGCCAAUCGCGUACGCCCUGCAUCUCCGCCACGUGAUCUGGUUGUACCUCUUGCUACUCCCGAGUCAGCUCUACGGGUCGUUCGGAUGGAAGGUGAGUAACUGACCGUCAUGUAUCUUCCUCCUUUACACGCUGAUAAAGGCCCAAUUUUUCGCUCUACCAGACGAUCCCCGCCACGGCGCUGAUCACAUUCGUUUUCAUCGGGUUCUUGCAAAUUGGGAACGAGAUCGACAAUGUGAGCAGGUGCACUAAAGCUGGUCAAAAAGUGGACCAAGUUGAUGUUGAUUGACCUCUUUUGUCCUCGAAGCCUCUUGGUUAUGAUGCGUUAGUGCACGAACCUAUCUCCGCUGCGUCGGAUCGAAGCGGCACGCGGUCAAUUGAUGCUUAGUCGGUGCACACAGAUCGGACCUCGAUUUGGAGUCGUACACCGAAGUGAUCUUGCGCGAACUGAGGGAGAUCGUCGCCCACCCAACAAGUGACACGGAUCCGACAAACUUCUUCUUCGUCGACAACAACUUGUAAGCACCAGUGGACGCUGGCAUCCUCUGGGCUUUCCGGACGGAUCGCUAACCUCGUGACUGCCUGCGGCCGGGGUACUCCUAGCCCUCUGGCACUCAGUCCGGAUCAGUGGGAGGGUCUAGCGGCGACUCAAAUCAUGGAGCAAAAAAUAACUAUCUCGGAAUUGGCCCAUUUCUUGAAGAAAGGUUUGGCCGGACCCACUCCCAUCGAAUAUUCGUCCCAAGCGCACGGCGCCACGAUCUCUCGCGGGGAAGAACAGCGUCAGACCGCGAGUGGUACGGUUCGCAGUCAAGACUUCAAGGAGACAGAGUUUACGGCGAAGGGUUCUGAAUAA